UUCAAAGUAGGAGGAGGAGACUCACUGCACUUUUACAGGAAGUCUAGCAGAGAGAGUUGAAGCAACGACAGUAACCACCUCUCUCAGACUGAGGAUCAUAACUUCAUUAAAGGUCACUAGUUGUCAGACAGAAUAAUCUUGACUGAAUUCAAAUUGGAAGCCAUAAUGGCGAAACUUAAAGAGGAGCUCUGGAAAACUCUAAUGGAAUUAAAAGAAGAAGAGUUUAAGGAUUUCAAGUGGUUCUUAGAGCAGGAUAACUUUCCAGGUAUCCAACGGGCUCAGCUGGAGAAGGCAAAGAGGCGGGACACAGUGGAUUUAAUAGUGCAGACAUAUCAGGAUUCUGGAGCUCAGAAGGUAACCAUGAAGGUUUUAGAAAAGCUCAACAGGAAUGAUCUGGUUCAGCGUUUGCAAAACUCCAGCUUAAGACCAAAAGACGUCAAGACACUUAGUGCUUUGACAGAAGGAUAUAACAGAAUGAAGGAUGAGCUGAGUGAACAUCAACUGAACCUUGAGACACAAGACCUCAGUGACCAGGAAGAAGACUAUGAAAGAAAGAAGGAUGAGCUGAAGAGUGUCCAGCAGUUUGCAGUAGAGGUGACUCUGGAUCCUGAUACAGCACAUCCUAAUCUCAUCCUGUCUGGUGACGGGAAACAAGUACAUCAUGGUGAUGUGAGGAAGAAUCUUCCAUACAAACCUCAAAGAUUUCACAGGUGUGUUAAUGUCUUGGGAAAGCAGAGUUUCUCCUCUGGAAGAUUUUACUUUGAGGUUCAGGUUAAAGGGAAGACUGCCUGGACUUUAGGAGUGGCUAAUGAGUCUGUUGACAGGAAAGGACAAAUCACCCUGAGCCCAGAAAACGGCUUCUGGACUUUAUGGUUGAGGAACAGAGAUGAGUAUGAGGCAAUUGAUAACCCCUCAGUCCAUCUCUCUCUGAAGAAUCAUCCUCAAGUGGUGGGGCUGUUUCUCAAUUAUGAGGAAGGUCUUGUCUCCUUUUAUGAUGUAAAUGCUGCAGAUCUUCUUUAUUCCUUUACUGACUGCUCCUUCACUGAGAAACUCUACCCAUUCUUUAGUCCCUGUACCAAUGACAAUGGUAGAAACUCUGCCCCACUGAUUAUUUCUCCUGUCAAACAUCAACUGAACCUUGAGACACAAGACCUCAGUGACCAGAAAGAAGACUAUGAAAGAAAGAAGGAUGAGCUGAAGAGUGUCCAGCAGUUUGCAGUAGAGGUGACUCUGGAUCCUGAUACAGCACAUCCCAGUCUCAUCCUGUCUGGUGAUGGGAAACAAGUACAUCAUGGUGAUGUGAGGAAGAAUCUUCCAUACAAACCUCAAAGAUUUCACAGGUGUGUUAAUGUCUUGGGAAAGCAGAGUUUCUCCUCUGGAAGAUUUUACUUUGAGGUUCAAGUUAAAGGGAAGACUGCCUGGACUUUAGGAGUGGCUAGUGAGUCUGUUGACAGGAAAGGACAAAUCACCCUGAGCCCAGAAAACGGCUUCUGGACUUUAUGGUUGAGGAACAGAGAUGAGUAUGAGGCAAUUGAUAACCCCUCAGUCCAUCUCUCUCUGAAGAAUCAUCCUCAAGUGGUGGGGCUGUUUCUCAAUUAUGAGGAAGGUCUUGUCUCCUUUUAUGAUGUAAAUGCUGCAGAUCUUCUUUAUUCCUUUACUGACUGCUCCUUCACUGAGAAACUCUACCCAUUCUUUAGUCCCUGUACCAAUGACAAUGGUAGAAACUCUGCCCCACUGAUUAUUUCUCCUGUCAAACAUCAACUGAACCUUGAGACACAAGACCUCAGUGACCAGAAAGAAGACUAUGAAAGAAAGAAGGAUGAGCUGAAGAGUGUCCAGCAGUUUGCAGUAGAGGUGACUCUGGAUCCUGAUACAGCACAUCCCAGUCUCAUCCUGUCUGGUGAUGGGAAACAAGUACAUCAUGGUGAUGUGAGGAAGAAUCUUCCAUACAAACCUCAAAGAUUUCACAGGUGUGUUAAUGUCUUGGGAAAGCAGAGUUUCUCCUCUGGAAGAUUUUACUUUGAGGUUCAAGUUAAAGGGAAGACUGCCUGGACUUUAGGAGUAGCUAGUGAGUCUGUUGACAGGAAAGGACAGAUCACACUGAGCCCUGAGUGUGGCUUCUGGACAACAGCACUGUCGAAUGGAAAAGAAUUUGUCGCUGUUGAUGAGCCUACAGUCUGUAGGUUGAAGUCACGUCCUCAGAAAGUGGGAGUGUUUGUGGAUUAUGAGGAAGGUCUUGUCUCCUUCUAUGAUGUAAAUGCUGCAGAUCUUCUUUAUUCCUUUACUGACUGCUCCUUCACUGAGAAACUCUACCCAUUCUUUAGUCCCUGUACCAAUGACAAUGGUAGAAACUCUGCCCCCUUGAUCAUAUGUCCUGUCAAUAGCAAUGAUUAGAUUACUCAUACUUGCAGGUAUUUUCAGUGGCUGACUGUUGUUUGUAUCUUGUACUGUGUUAAUGCAUGAGCUCACCAUGUAUGCACAGAGGUAAUGAAAUACACAUUACAGAAAAGAAUGUGACAGCCUUGGGUGUCGCAUGAUUCCCUUGACAAAAAGUUGGUGGCAGCAAUGCACCUGAAAAAAUGUAAACAUAAUGGUCUUCAUUUGAAAGAAAAAUCACAAAUGUGAGAUAGAUAUUAAUGAAGUAUAGUCUGCAAAUGUGAAAGUAAAAACUCUUAAGAAUGUACAGAAUCUGCUGUAAUUAUUUGUAUAUUUUGAAUUUAAAAGUCUGAUGAAUUUUGUUAGUCUUAUUUUCUUAUUUUUCCUCUAUUCCAUUGGUAAAUUUAUUAUUGUAAAACAUCACUUUCUCCAAGCUGAAUUGUGUUAAUAACUCAAUAUGUGCUCCAAAUGUAAACUCCAAACAAACAAACAAACAAACAGAUUUUGUUCUUUUUUAUCUUUCUCUUACAGUUUACACUUCUCAAAUGUGGAUGUAAAUGAAUAUGGAAUGAAAGCUGACUGAUGGAUUGAUUAAUUCAUAGUAAUGUUUGUAAACAACAAGAAAACAGGCUUUUGAGUUAAGUUUUGUUGAGAAAUAACAGAAUUCACAUUUUUUUUUUGAUUUUUCUAUUGCAAUCUAAUGUCAGAUGUAAUUGUUUUUUCAUUCUUAUUUUUUAAGCAUGUGAAGUAAAAGAAAUGUUGGAUUUCUGAUUCAAGUGAAAUUUUGACAUUAAUAAAUCACAUAAAGUGACACUCAC